AGCUCAAGCCAGUUGGGUCCGAUGUCCAAUUCGUAUGCAUUUGGAUGCAGAUUCUUCAUCGGUAGCAUAACACACGCCUUGAUACCUCCUGUCAGCCGAUUCCGAACAACGUUGUUUGAGCUUCUUCGAACGCCUCGAUGUCUCGAGACGCAUCCUUUAUGACAAGGGUAUGCGCACCUGGUGAUGUACCCACGCAAGGCGAUUUGAUCGACUCGCAGUGCUUCUCUUCCAGCAUUGCUGUCAGAAAGGGAAUGCGGGACGGCGAGGGUGCUGGGGACGUUGCGAAGCCUUCCAGCGGAGCGAUGUGUCCCAUGCAGCUGCAGAUUUUGAAGCUGGAUGUAGCGCUCAUUGCCCAGGAGUCGGGCAGUCUGCGCACGUCCUUCAACGUGAAGGCGGCCGCCUUUGUCCCGGGAGUUGUGUAUGAUCAAAUGGGCUCGAGCGCCGACCAGCGGACCACUAAUGAUGCGCAAUCAGCCCACCACUUUUUCUCGUGCCGAGCUGGUCGACCUGAUUAACAUCAAGGGUUUCGAGGGACUGGUGAAGCCGUUUGUCCCUCCUCCAGAUUCUCGAGCUGAUGGUGGACGAUCCGGACACCUUCUUCGACAUCGAGGCCGAGGCCUUACUCAACGCGAGGGUUCUUCUCGGGCUUGACGCUGACGACUCCGCCAGCGAGGCCUAGGAGCAGGACUCAGAGGAGCAGUCCGACUACGCCGUGUCCGACGAGGCUGACGAGGCCGCGCUGGCCGAAGCGAGGGCACUUCUUGGUCUUGACGCUGACGACACCGCCAGCGAGACUGCUGAGCUGAACCCGGAGGAGCAGGACGACGUCGCGGCCGCACUGGCCGAAGCGAGAGCCCUUUUCGAGCUCGGCGACGACGCCUUCGCAACCCCAACGGAGGCUGACGACUCCGAGGCCGAGGCCGAGGAGUCCCACGAGGUCGUUGUCGAGGACGGCGACGGCGGCCGGAGGGUCCCCUUGAGAGUGGCGUGGGCCGAUCUCUAGGAUUCCCCGAGCGAGUUUGACGACGAGUGGGAGCACAUGCACGUGCGCGACUGGGCGAAGGUGGCCACCACGAGCCACCUCCCAGCGGCAAAGGCAGCCGACCCACCGGACAGAAGCAGGUGCGACGCCACGCGGCGUGCACAGCGGCAGCGUGUUUAUGACAUUUGUGCAGUGCCCGAUGUUCCUUAUUUGUCGCAGCUCUCGCCCGUUUCGCUAUUAGCUGGCGGCGGACACAUGUUAUUUCGACGCACCGUGCGUCCUUGUAUGUUACUUAUCGCGUCAACCUGAUGUUCCAGCUUGUGGCUGUGCUGGCGCACCCUACUUCAAGAGCGCUUGAACGGAUGGUUGGCAA